AGCUUCGCCGGGAACUGAACCCUCCCAGCAGGCAGUGCGCAUUUGACCGCCGUGACCCAAGAUGGCUGCGCCCAGGAAGGCGGAAGAGACGCUUUGAGCGACUGGAAGAUCUAACCAGGACUUGAAUUACCAUGUCGAAGAUCUCCCGAGCUGCCAAAGCGGUACAAAAGGUGGAGCCUGGAAAUGUGAUCCGGACAAUCAUUCGAGCUGGGCAGGCUGUUCCAGGGCCACCCUUAGGGCCUGCCCUUGGGCAGAGAGGCAUCCCCAUUGGGCAAUUUUGCAAGGAUUUCAACGAGCGGACGAAGGACAUCAAGGAAGGCAUCCCGCUUCCGACACGCAUCAUUGUACAGCCUGACCGGACGUACGAGCUCGAGAUCAACAAGCCCACGACCACCUAUUUCCUGCGGUCGGCGGCUGGGAUAGAGAAAGGAGCGUCCAAUCCCGGGCACGAGGUGUCUGGAAUGCUGACUCUGAAACACUUGUAUGAAAUCGCCGUGGUGAAGUCUCAAGACCCGUGUUUUGUGCUCCGUGACAUGCCACUGGAGAAGGUCAUCAGGUCGCUCAUGGGGAGCGCCCGGACGCUGGGCAUCAAGGUGGUGAAAGAUCUUAACGCAGAGGAAUAUGGCGCCUUCCUGAAGCAGCGCGAAGAGUUCCUGGCAGCCCAGGCCGAAGCAAAAGAAGCCGAACUGGCAGCGGCAGGGAAGAAGAAAUGAGCCCGUCUGCUUUGGUGCUCUGGGAUUCAGAUUUUUGGAGUGCUUAGAGUGCGAGUGACGCCAGCUUCUCUCCUGUCCCCAUCCCCUGUGCACUUGGGAAGUUGAUGUCUGCCCAGAGACCAGUUUGGUGAAGUCUUGCUGAAGAAAGAGGGGGAGGAAGAAGAGAAGGUUUCUGUCCAGGGCUUGUCUAACACUGUCAUUUCCGCUGCAUUUAUUGUCAGUCCCUUUUCAGUAAAACAAACAAAAAAAUUC